AUGGGUAACAAGCUGGUAAAAUCCAGAACGAAGGUCGAGAGACCUCCAGCGGCGAUAUGUCCUCGUAGACCUAUACAGCCUUUAAAGAGGACAAUAAACGGAGUUCGAAACAUUCAGUUUUCGAAUUUUCCAAGGACCAUCGCGCAGUUUACCCACAAAGACGGCAAUGGAUUAACCGAAGAAACAGAAGAAGAGGUUCACUGUUGUACUUUCGCUCCAGACGACGAAUCGCUGAUUGUGACUUGCACGACUCCUUGCGGCCCAACUUACCGACCGGGCGAAGGUUUUGGUCAUUUGAGGGUGUUUGAUAUCACUUCGGGAUUAUGUAUAAAGGAAAUCCUCACUUAUAACUCUCAACAAUGCGACAUCUCCGCAGACGGUGAUUUAAUCACUUUUGUUAUGAAUUCUGGAAGAGGAGAAGUUGCACUGGUCAGAAGAAGUCGAGAUUCUCGAAGUGGAAUCGCAGAACGCGUUGAGAAAUUUCAGCCCUGUUGCACAGGAAUCACGGGUCAAACUCUUUCUUGUAAGUUUUCUCCAGAUGCUUCGCACAUCGUUAGCGCGGCGUCACUGGAUUUUCACAGUAUUCGAGAAACGAACGAGUUACGAUUAUGGAACGUGAAAUCUAUGCAGACCGUGAAGAAAGUCGUGUUACGCGAUCUUACAGAUUUUUGUGGUUUCGUUACAAGCUGCGAAUUUUCUCCAGAUGGACAGUACAUUGCUGUGUCCACUUCUCAGGAACAGCUGUGCAUUUUAAGGAGCAAAAACUUCGACAUUGUGGCCGUUUUGAGAAAGAGAUGCCGAGGAAACAAAUGUUGGAGUGUUUUUGAUCCAAGAUGGAAAUGCGAAAUACUUGCGUGUUGUUUACAAGAUGGACGGGUGGAAAUCUGGCAAAAAAUCGAACAUCUGUCCACCUGUGAUGUGCGAUAUGUUUGUGACAAGCAGCGCAAAGUUUCGUUUUCUCGGAGGCUGUACUCUUGUCGUUACUCACCCGAUGGUAUGAUGUUAGCUGUGGGAACAUCGGACGCUAACAUAAUAGUUCUUGACUCUGACAACUUGGAGUCACUUUUCUGCUUGGACUCAAAGUCGAUGCCUGACCCUUAUCGACCUAGGAAUGAAAACACUAUUGUGGAUUGUAUUGCAUUCUCUAGAUCACAGCAGUAUGUGGCAGCGGGCUAUAGCGAUGGACUGGCAAGAAUAUGGGCUAUGCCUGUUAGGUUUGAUUUAAAACACUUAUGCCGAGUUGUCAUCUUACACUCUGUGGCAGCCAGUAAGAUCAGUUGCCUACCAAUUCCCAGUGGUAUAAAGACAUACCUUCUGAACAGGUGUAGUUAG